AUGUUUAACUCGGUAAAUCUGAGCAACUUCUGCUCCCAGACACGUAAAGACCGGACAUCUGAGUUCGGGGACAGGACGGGCUGUGCCUCCAAUAUCUACCUCCCCAGCUGCACCUACUACGUCCCAGAAUUUUCAACCGUUUCUUCGUUUCUUCCGCAGGGGCCUUCACGGCAAAUUACAUACCCCUACACUACAAAUUUGUCUCAAGUGCAACCGGUACGAGAUGUUUCCUACGGCCUGGAUCCAUCCAGCAAGUGGCACCACAGAACCAACUACGCGACGUGCUACUCCGGAGAGGAUCUGGUGCACAGGGAUUGUCUUCCGCCAUCCACCAUGACAGAAAUGCUCAUGAAAAACGAGAGCGUGUACAGCCACCACCACCAUCACCACCAUCCUAGCUCUAACCACCCAUCUACUGGUUUCUAUUCCAGUGUCGGGAAAAACAACGUGCUGCCUCAAGGUUUUGAUCGCUUUUUUGAAUCGGCGUAUUGUGGAGCUGACAACCAGUCAGACCAUUGUUUACAAAAGAGCGAGACGACUAAACUAGAGAGCACGUCCCAGCAGCCCAGCGCAGUUUCGGGGGUGGAAGAGCCAGAAAAGGACGCCGAGGACGAAGAAGAACGAACAAAUUCGGGCUCAUGUAGCUCCUCAGGCACAAAGGAGAGCAACGCAAGCAAAAUCAACCAUUCGAGUGCCCCCCGCACGAGGAAGAAGAGAUGUCCAUACUCCAAGUUUCAGAUUCGCGAACUGGAACGAGAGUUUUUCUUUAACGUUUACAUCAACAAGGAGAAAAGGCUGCAGCUAUCCAGAAUGCUAAACCUUACUGACAGACAAGUGAAAAUAUGGUUUCAAAAUCGCAGAAUGAAAGAAAAGAAAUUAAGCAGAGACCGCUUGCAGUAUUUCUCUGGGAACCCACUGUUGUAAACAAUGGACUUAUUUCAGUAGGCCAAGGUUGAUUUUACUUGAUAUUUCCGAAAACUUUGGAUGUUCCAUCAUUCUAUGAACUAUUGAUCAUUUAUCUCGAUGAAGCCGACAUUUCUGACUAAAUUCGCAUGGAUUUGAAAAAAAUUAUAUUUUUUUGUAAUAACAGAGAAAAGGCGUCUUGGGAAGAUAAUUAUGGAGCCUUUGUAGUUAAAAAUCCAAGUUCAGAUUUACUAUUCACAAGGUUUUUGAGGAAAAUCACAGGCUACACUGAAAUCUUUGUAGAUAUCUUAUUCACAAUACAACCUUAAUGACUAGUUGCUGUAAAUAUGUAACAAAACAAGUCGAACUGAAGUCGGAGUCGUCGUACAAUAUCUUGUAUUUUUCUUUUCUUUUCUUUCUUUUUUUUUUAAACAUUUUCGUCAUUUUAAACUGUGACUUGUACAAUCUGUAAUAAUGUAUUCCUUGUACAGAGACUAUGCAACGUGCAUUUGUGAUUGUAAAUAUAGCAAAUAUUAAGUUCACUUUCCCUAA